AUGGAGAGCCUUGUAGAGAAUGGCGACGGUCAACUCACCAUCCAAAAUCUCCCACCUCCCACUAAACGAAAACCUACGAGCGCCGGGCCUCUGACCACCGAAGACAAGGAAAAUCAGAAACGAGUGGCCGACGCACGCAGGAAAUAUGGUCGAGGGCGUCCUGUCCGAGUGAACGAUGUCAAGGACAAGAAAUUACGGGCGAAUCUGAAAAGAAUCGAGAGCAAAUACCGGACUGCCGUUUUGAAUGCCAAAGAUGCGGAGAUACUGUACGAGAACGAGGAGGGGUUUCUGCAACCAGAGACUGAACUUGAGAAGACAUACAAGGUCCGGCAAGAGGAAAUCCUGGAUGCGGUUGGUCUCCAGCAAGCACACAAGUCUAUCGAAUUCAGGCUUGAUCUAGGGCCAUACGUCUCCGACUACACGAGGAACGGGCGCAGUUUGCUUCUCGCGGGCAGAAAAGGCCAUAUUGCGACCUGCGAAUGGCGCGCAGGCAAGCCAGGAUGCGAGUUACACUUGAACGAGACCGUAAGAGACGCAAAGUGGCUACACAACGAUCAAUAUUUUGCUGUGGCACAGAAAAAACACACUUAUAUCUACGAUCAUGCGGGAGUCGAAAUCCAUUGCCUCAGAAAGUAUGUCGAGACCACGCAUCUCGAAUUCCUCCCAUACCAUUUCCUCCUUGCCGGCAUCGAGAAUAGUGGAUUUCUUCGAUACACGGACACAUCGACUGGGCAGAUAGUGGCUGAACACCCAACCCGAAAAGGACCACCGACUGCCCUCGCUCAAAAUCCCUACAAUGCUAUUCUCCAUGUCGGUCAUCAGAACGGUACAGUCUCACUCUGGUCGCCCAACUCCACGACGCCACUGGUCAAGAUCCAAUCAAACGCUGGUCCUGUGCGGUCAAUAGCAGUCGACCGUUCAGGUAACUACAUGUUGUGCGGUGGGCAAGAUCUACGUUUGAAACUCUGGGACAUCCGGACGUGGAAAGAGAUACAUUCUUACUCAACGCGACAACCCGCGUCUUCAAUAAGUAUAUCGGACCGCGGCCUUGCGGCUGUAGCAAGUGGUACAGGUGUGACGAUCUGGAAAGACCUCCUCACCACCUCGCCAUCAUCCGGACCUCCAAAGGUCCAGUCACCCUAUCUCAAUUGGGGCAACGACGGCCACCGUGUCGAAAACGUCCAGUUCUGUCCCUUUGAUGAUAUCCUCGGGAUCUCGCACUCGGAAGGUUUUAGCAGCAUCAUCGUCCCCGGGGCCGGCGAACCCAACUACGACGCCCUCGAGGUCAAUCCAUACGAGACGCGCAAACAGAGACAAGAAGCCGAAGUCAAAUCUCUCCUCACCAAACUCCAACCAGAGACUAUCGCUCUGGACCCCAAUUUCAUCGGUACGCUGGACGCACGUAGCGCGGAGCAGCGCAGGCGCGAAAAGGACCUCGACGCGCCCGCAGAGGAUCCCCUGGCCAAGUUAAAGGCGAGGGAGAAGAACCGGGCCAGAGGGAAGAACAGUGCACUUAGGAGGUACUUGCGGAAGAAAGGCGGGAAGAAUAUCAUCGACGAGAGGCGGAUGAGACUGGAGGAGAUGAAGAAGGAGAGAGCGGAGAGGGAGAAAGAGCGGCUCAAGCAGGAUAAACUCGAGUUGGGGCCGGCGUUGUCGAGAUUUGCUAGGAAAGGGGUCUAG